UAUAAGAUCAAGAGACGAUAGUACAGAUAUAUAUCAAAUACCAAACGUACAAAUCAAUCAUAAAAUGGCGAACGAAGCUCUCGGACUCGAGAUCACUGAGCUACGACUCGGUCUUCCCGGCUCCGGGAAAAAGAGGAUAUCGCCAGAAAGUGAAGGGAAAAAUGGUCGGGAAGCGAAGAGCCAAGUGGUGGGAUGGCCUCCGGUGUGUUCAUACAGGAGAAAGAACAGUUUCGAACAAGAGAACCCAAAGUCGACGUACGUGAAAGUGUGUGUGGACGGAGCUCCUUUCCUUAGGAAAAUCGAUUUGGGAAUGUACAAAGGUUAUGAAGAUCUUGCUGCUGCUCUCGAGGACCUCUUUGGAUUCUCCGGCAUUGGAAAGGAAAGAGAGAGACGGGAAUACGUACCGAUUUACGAAGACAAGGACGGGGACUGGAUGCUCGCCGGCGAUGUCCCUUGGGAAAUGUUCAUUGGAACAUGCAAGAGGCUUAGGCUAAUGAAGAUAUCAGAUGCUGAGGCUUUUGAGUCGCAGCCAAGAGACUGAAUGUUAUAACUACACAAUACUCGAAGAUAACGAUUCUUUUUCCCUUACUAUUAUUAUUAAUUAUCACAAAUAUAUAUAUUGACAUUGCGGUUAAUUUAAAUAAUUGGACACGCUUUUAAUAAUGCAUAUCUCCUACUUUGUUGCGAUAUAAAAAACGCUAUAAAAUUAGGCUCAAUCAAAUAUGGCACUAAAUACCCAACAGUUGAUGGUCCAGUGGUUGAGAGGUGACAAAGUCAUCCUCAAGGUCCUGGGUUCGAUUCCACUGGUGGGGAGGGAUGUAAUUUCUGGACUUAAAUGGUUCAUAUACAAAGGCUGGUCUCGGAUCUAGGGUGAAUGUAGUCGGACCGAAGGUCCGAGGAACCAUCUUGGUUAUCAAAAAAAAAAUUAUAUAUGGCACUAUAAAUAAAGCUAUUAUUAUAAGAAU